ACAGUGUCCAGCCAAGUUAUCAUGCCUCAAGGAUGUGAGCUUCCACUCUAGAUGUCAUCAUGGUCGCUAGGACGGUUACUGAUGCCACCAUUUCAGAGCUGCGCUGAUAAAAUCACUUUGAGAAAUGGAAUAGUCGAUGGAUAUCUUGCACAUAUACAUGUAAAUCUGCAUGCCUUUUCAUACAAUGAUCUUAAUAUUUUCUUCUAUUCUUGGAUGUGAUGAAUAUUGGAGAUCUAUCUCUAUAGGUUGCAAUGCAACCACCUGCCCACUUUCUUGUCGGACCUGGUCAUUUUUAAAAGGUGUUCAUUAAAGCCGUCUUAACCGAGCGGUUAGCGUAACCUUGACGGUCAUUCCGCGGCUCACCGCAUCAUGUUCGACAACCCAGCCAGGAGUCGAUAAUCAAUAGCCCAUCAUCAUCCACACAAUGUGUAUCAAUGGCAUGAUCACGUGGCAUUGGAACAUAUUGUCUUCGAGAAAGUUUUUAUUAUUGUCUGCGGAGUUUUCUAUACAACUCUUUGCCCGAGACUCGUCACGCGGAACAUUAGAUCACGGUGAUAUUGAUUCUUGCUGUGAUGAAAAUGGAAAAUGAUUUAUACCAACGUUUAACAUAGUAUGUGUUGCUUCAAUGAGUGAAGUCAUGUACUUGUCUACGCGAAUUUUCGUUUCUCCUACCUAGCUACGUUCAUGUUAUAUAUUGUAUGCUGAAACAUUCUGCCGACAACUUUUGUUCUUUUUGUACAGCGUGAAAGACAUCCUUUUUUCACAUGAAACUAUACUGUUGACAGUCUGUUAUAAUUAAAAGAAUACCAACGUUCCAGUAUACUUAUUCGAUUAACAAUGAGGACAUAAGACUAAUCAUAUAGCCUUUGGGGUGCAAUAAAUUCAAGAUUGUUGUAGGAUCAUUGUGGAGUGAAUGUUUUCUGACCAUUUUUCGUCACCAAAUUGCAGUAACAGAAUUGAUGUAGGUGAUCAUAAUGGUUGGACAACCUGAACUUUCUGAUUUUUAAGAAACUUUUGAGUAAACUUAUACUGAUCCUGAGUGAUUACCCUCGUGUUCUCGACAUGAACUUUUUUACUCGUUGAUGGUUACGACGAUGAUGUCGAAAGAAGACGAUGCGGAGCCGCUACAGCUCCCUGUCAUUGACCAUGAUUUCUUGGUUGCUCUACCAAAGACAACUGAGGGAUCGAGUCCACAACCAAGCCCAUCCUGUGAAUUGAAUGGCUCCUCUCGUUCUACAAUUGAUUAUCAAAAUCGGAAUCGAAAGACCCCAGACGACCGCACCAAUAAGAAAAACGGUUCGCUUUCUCGUCUUUCAAAAUCAAACAGCAGCAAGUCUUUGUCUUCGGUUUCCAUCGGGACGAGGAAAAGUAUCAGCAGCAGUGGAUCGGAAAUCCGAUCGCAGAACGAAUACCUUGAGAAAUGUGUCUCGGACAUUUUCGAGAGACAUCGGCAACCGUCGGCGCUGUCCAUGCAGAGGAGUGACAGCGGGAGCUCACGGGCGACCACCGAAGAUGGUCGGGGAUCUUCGGAACUGGAGAGCGAGGUCGACAAUGUUUCCGCAAAAAUCGACGAGAGUUUGAGAUGGGACAAUCCGUGUUCGAACCCCGAGGAAGAAAAAGAAAGGAUCCGAAUGUACAAGGUAAAUCGAAGGAAAAGAUAUCUAAUGGACGUUGUAAAGCAUAGACGGGAUAAGGAAGGUGUUCUGAAAUUUGCUGUAGAACUUGCGUCAUUGGAUCCCGGAAGUUAGUAGAUUCAUCAUUGAUAUUCUCCUGUUAAGCACAAUCAAUCUAUGCAAUGCAGUAUGACUUGUAUGGAAACUAUGGAACGGGAUUACUUUUGUAUUCAUCCUUCCUCCUCCUCUAUCUCUAUUUGCGUUGAAGUGGCAUUAGCACACAAAUAAGUAGUGGUAAUGCCACUUUGUCUUAAUGCUACGAAGAACAAAUAUCUUUGGUUAUAUUUAGUCAUAAAAAUCUUAAGGAUUAACUUUUAAAUCUCAAAAGAUUUAAAUUCAAAUCUGUUAGGUUUAAGGUUUAAAUCUAAAUCUAAUAUUCGGCUGGUCACUAUUCACAGCCAAUCUGGAUUUGUUUUAAAUCCUUGGAAUUUAGAGUGUAAGGGGAUACUGUAUAGAGUAGGUAAAAUUAAACAAGAAAAUCGCUAGAAGAUUCAUUGAAAUCAUAUAAAACAAAUAAUGAAGUUAUGCAUUUUUCCUCGAAACAUUUCUCUACAUAUUAUCAUGAAUAUGCAAUUUAAAGAGUUGAUGUCAUCUCCUUACUUUUGUAUUUUAUCAUAUAAAAUUACAAUCAAAUAUUAUGCUCCAAGGCUGUGAAAAAACUCGACCACAGAUUUGUAAAUAAGAUCAUCAUUGCGCAACGUAUAUUCUUACAAGGAAAAAGCAUUUAUUUCAUUGUAUGAGGGAAAGUGAUUUUGUUUGCGGUUUCGUUUACUAAAAUAUGGAAAACAAAAGUAUGAUAUCAGCAUCAUCUUGUACCCUGAAUAUUCACGACGAUGUGCAUAAAAUCAUGCAAAAGUUUGAAAUUCAGUCACUUCUUUAUUUUUUAUCUGAUUUUGAUGAAGUUUUCAAUAUAUUCUUGUUCAAUCCUAUUCUAUUUGAUAGAGUUACCUGGAUUACUCCUUCACGAUUAUUCCAUAAAUCACUCUUUCAUAAUUAUUUGAUGAUGGUUCUCCAUGACUCUUUUAGAGAAGGAUAUUAUUGCUGCAUGUCUUGCAAUGUAAUCCCAUGGCAAAUCUUUUUGGGGGGCAAUAAUGUCUAAAAUCCACAAGAUAACACUCCACAUGACAUAGGGUGACUGAUAGUUGGUCUUCUCGGCCUAUAGUUUAAUCAUCUUUUCCAACGCCCCCCCCCCCCCCCCCCCCCCCCCGUCUUGGGGGUCAACAAUGCGAUUGUGUCCAAUCAAUCUCAAAUUUCGAUUGGUAAAACAAUCGCAAUUUGAGAAUAUACUAAAGAUAUUAAGAAUUAUAAAAAUCUUAAUAUCUUUAGUAUAUUUUUAAAGAUUAAUUGCAAUAUGAGUUUCAUUGAAUCUAUCGCAACUUUUUGUAAGACAUGGACCUGUAAUUUGCAAGACCUUUGCACUCUAUUUGCAAUAUCAACUGGAAUGUCCUA